AUGAUGAAAGAUAUCGACAUGGCAGAUGUCCAGGACUUAUAUAAUGAUUUAAGUGAAAAUCGUAUACUAGAUGAAGAUUCGUCCAGUAUUUACCAAUCAAUAAGCAGCAUAAACCCUCAGGAAAGCCAAGACAGCAUAAAAAAUGAUGUUAAUGAGAUCAAAAAGCCAGGAAGAAAAAGGGAUAGAGACACCCAAAUCCUUUCUAUGUUUUUCACCCGCAAAAGCAAAGCUGGAACUCCUCCUAAAAAAGAGUAUUUAAGAUGCAAGCUAAUUCGUGGGCAUAAAAGAGCGAAUCGCCAAAUCAAGGAUGGAGUGCAUCCAAGCAAGACUAUUCACAAGUUUGACCUGGCCAAUGGAAAAGCACGAGACAUAUUCCAAUUUUAUUAAAUUGCAUAAAACUUCUUAUAUAUUGUAUAUUAAGCAUAUUUAUUUCGAUUAAAUAUAUGACACACUUUGCAGCUGCAUUUCUUCAAGAACCGAUACGUUCUUGAAACUGAAAGUCUGACUGAGUCCGGACCUACUACAGAUGGCAAAAAGAAAAGAGGCAAAGAGAUCAUUGACAAAAGCACUCAAAAAAGUUUCAACACUGAAUACGUGAAAAGAUACUUCCUAAACGAAGCUAUAAUUAAUAUAGUGGUGGUGAUGAAAUAUAGGAAAUUCCCGAUUAUGGCGCUCAAUUUGCCAUCAUCGGGCAACGAGUUUUAAGGGUCCACACUGGAAUAGGUUACACGUGUGGAGCCCUUUUUGACAUGUGGAGAAUCCUCACUUUCACGUGCCAAAAAGGGCUCCACACAUGGAACCCAUUUCCAUUGUGGACCCUGAAAUUUAGUUGCCCGAUGAUUGCGCAUUGAGCGCCAUCAUCGGGCAACUUAUAUAUGCUCUUACGGAGGUCACACCCACUCCGGGGCGCCAAAAUGGUAUAUAGCCUAAACCAAUUUAGAAAGCUUUUAAUUCAGGCCCUUAGAUUGCCUAGACUAUGCAGUAUGGGAUGGGUAGUUCUUGGGAGUAAGCUGGUGCCAUUCCAGUCCGAAGUAUUAAUUACCGGAUGGUUUUAGACUACAGGUCUUUCUCCCGGCUCCGGAGGCCUUGCUCUUUUUUCCUGGGAGUCACCUCUCCCAAAAGUUGGCCGACAGGAGGUAUCGGGCUGACUUUUAUCUCAAAAGCACUCUAAUGGCGUGAAGCACGGGAGUCUUUCUAAUCCGUCGAGACUCAGGGUAGACUAUGCAAGGCUAGUUCCGAGAGAAGACAGACGUUCCACAGGUGCUGUCGAAAGCGUGCGGAAGCAACAUCCUGGAAGACUUUAAGCCCUUUAAUCUUAAUCUUAAACGAAGCUACUAAAAUUUCUUUUUAUUACUACGUUGAACUAAUUUUUGCUGAUAUGAACCCAGAUGUCCUCUGUGACAAAUUUGAUUUUUUUUGUUGCAAGCCACUUGAUCAUGAUGCUAGUUGUACUGAAAAAUGAACAUCACUGAAGAUUUAUCUUCAAAAAUUGAUGUUUGAAGACUUAAAACUAGAACCAUGGAGACCUGAAGGAGAAAGCCCACUAGGUGGGAUUAAUGGGAUUCCUCAUAAUGACUUAUGUAUGUUUAAUGAAGAACUUGAAAGAGUGGACAUUGAAAAACUUGAAGAAAUAGACCUUGAAGACCUUAUUGAUUCAAAUAUGAACUAUGACUGGGGAGAUCAAGAAAUAUAA